CUAUUAGAUUACCGUCCAGACCAUCAUCGCCUUUUCCAUUCCAUCUCCUACACUCCAGCUCUCCAGCUAGUUAAUUCAGCACUUUCAACUCUCUAACUCUUAUUCGCGCAACAUGAAGGUCAUCGCUAUCCUCUACAAGGGCGGUAAAGCUGCCAAGCAGGAGCCCCGCCUCCUCGGCACCGUCGGGAAUGAGCUCGGCAUCCGCUCCUGGCUCGAGUCUCGUGGUCACGAGUACCUUGUCUCCGACGACAAGGAGGGCCCGGACAGCUUCCUGCACAAGCACAUCAUCGACGCUGACAUCGUUAUCACGACUCCCUUCCACCCUGGAUACAUCACCAAGGACCUACUCGACAAGGCAAAGAACCUGAAGGCCUGCGCCACCGCUGGCGUCGGAUCCGAUCACGUCGACCUCAACGCAGCUGCCGCCAAGGGUAUCGACGUCUUUGAGGUGACAGGCUCCAAUGUCGUCUCCGUCGCCGAGCACGCGGUGAUGAGCAUCCUGCUGCUCGUCCGCAACUUUGUGCCUGCCCACGAGAUGAUCAAGCGCGGCGACUGGAUCGUCUCCGACGUCGCCCGCGACGCGUUCGACCUCGAGGGCAAGGUUGUCGGGACCAUCGGCGCCGGCCGCAUCGGCUACCGGAUCCUGCAACGCCUGCAGCCAUUCAACUGCAAAGAGUUCUUGUACUAUGACUACAAUGCGCUGACUCCCGAGGCUGGACAGGCGGUCGGCGCGUGGCGUGUCGAGGACCUAGAGGCGUUUGUAGCACAGUGCGACGUGGUAACGAUCAAUGCGCCGCUGCACGAGGGCACGCGUGGGAUGGUGAACAAGGAGCUGUUGGCGCAUUUCAAGGAGGGUGCUUGGCUCGUGAACACGGCACGUGGUGCGAUCUGCAACGCCGACGACGUCGCGGCGGCACCUGCGCCGCGCGACCACCCGUGGCGCACGAUGCAGGGUCCGCACGGCGGAGGCAACGGGAUGGUGCCGCACUACUCUGGUACGACGUUGGACGCUCAGAGGCGGUAUGCCGAGGGCACGCGGGAGAUCCUUGAGAAUUUCUUCGACGGGAAGCCGCAGAUUGCUGCAAAUGUGAUUAUUGGCAGUAAGGGAUACGCUACCAAUUCUUACGGCCAGCGCUGA